UCCUCCGCGCCAGCUUUCUGCAGAGGGUGUUUGGAGGUUGCAGAUGCAGGAUCUGUUGUUGCAGAGGCUGGUCCAGCUGCUACGGAGGGACGUUAUAGCCUCUCCUGGAAUUAGCAUUUGUUUUGGAGGAGCGAUCCAAAAGGCUCCUUGCUGCUGCUCGUUCUGCCGAGAACGAAGCAAUAAGGCCGUCCCGUGGGGCGUGGGGGGGAGACCCUCGCUCAAGUUGAGCUGCAGUAUAAUACUCCGUCCCCUUUUUGUCAUUCACGCGAUCCCCUGCCUGUUCGGAGCCGCACGGCUUCACUUGCAAGUCGAGGUGAAUGAGCCAGGUCAACAUUUGCAUGGGACAGAGGAAACCCAUGACGUGGUGUGCAACACACCUGAGUGCCGAAGCCGUGUCUCCUAGCUGCAGAAGUGUGUUGGCUCAGUGCGGUGCCCUUUAUUCAGCCCAGAAUCGUGACAGCCAAAUUGGGGGUCCUGGAGACUUGGAAGGAAACGUUUUCCCUGAUGUGCUCUGCCCUUAAUCCUGCCCAUCGUGGUGCACCGAGGAGGGAUCUUGCAGUUAGAAACCUGAGCUACAACAAGUUGACGGAGAUCGAUCCUUCUGCCUUUACAGAGCUCCCGAACCUCCGGGAAGUGCGGCUGAAUAACAACGAGCUGACAACCAUCCCAUCUUUGGGGGCUGCACCUUCCACCGUCGUCUCCCUCUACCUACAUCACAACAGGAUCCGGAGCAUCGAUGCGAGUCAGCUGAAGCCCUACGUUGCCCUGGAAACGUUGGACCUGAGUUUCAAUGACAUCACGGAAAUACGAAGCGGUUCCUUUCCGCAGGGACUUCACAUAAAGGAGCUCUACCUGGGGAACAACAGAAUCAGUGCCCUGGAGCCUGGUGCUUUUGAUGGUCUGUCACGCUCCCUGCUAACGCUCCGGCUGAGUAAAAACAGGAUCGCCCAGCUUCCUGUCAAGGCAUUCAAGCUACCCAGGCUAACUCAACUGGAGCUGAACCGGAACCGCAUCCGCCUGAUCGAGGGCCUCACCUUCCAGGGGCUGGACAGCUUGGAAGUACUGAAGCUGCAGCGCAACAACAUCAGCAAGCUGACGGACGGGGCCUUCUGGGGCCUGGCCAAGAUGCAAGUGCUGCACCUGGAGUACAACAGCCUGACUGAAGUGAACAGCGGCUCUCUUUACGGCCUCUCCUCCCUCCAGCAGCUUCACCUUAGUAACAACUUGAUAUCUCGCAUCAACCCUGAUGGCUGGAGCUUCUGUCAGAAGCUACACGAACUAAUCUUGUCCUACAACAACCUGACCCGGCUGGACGAGGGGAGCCUGGCAGACCUGGGGGGGCUGCACGUGCUGCGACUCAGCCGCAACUCCAUCAGCCACAUCGCCGAGGGCGCCUUCAAGGGACUCCGAAACCUGCGCGUGCUGGAUCUGGACCAUAACGAGAUUUCGGGCACAAUAGAAGACACCAAUGGGGCUUUUACAGGCCUUGAAAACCUAAGCAAGCUCACUAUGUUUGGAAACAAGAUCAAGUCAGUGGCCAAGAAAGCGUUCUCGGGCUUGGAGGCCCUGGAGCACCUGAACCUCGGGGAUAACGCCAUCAGGUCCAUCCAAGCGGACGCUUUUGCCAGGAUGAAGAACCUGAAGCAGCUCCACAUAAACAGCGACAGCUUCCUGUGCGACUGCCAACUCAAGUGGCUGCCGCAGUGGUUAGCGGAGAAGGAGCUGCAGCCCUUUGUGGUGGCGACCUGCGCCCACCCGGAGUCACUGAAAAGCCAAAGCAUUUUUGCCGUGCAGCCGGAGAGUUUUGUGUGUGAUGAUUUCCCCAAGCCCCAGAUUAUCAUUCAGCCGGAGACGACAGUCGCCGUCUUGGGCAAGGACAUCCGCUUCACCUGCUUGGCUGCCAGCAGCAGCAGCUCCCCCAUGACAUUUGCCUGGAAGAAGGACAACGAGAUUCUGCGCAACGCCGAGAUCGAGAACUUCGCGCACGUGCGGGCCAAGGAUGGCGAGGUGAUGGAGUACACCACCAUCCUGCACCUCCGGCACGUCACCUUCACCCACGAGGGACGCUACCAGUGCAUCAUCACUAACCACUUUGGCUCCACCUACUCAAGCAAGGCCCGUCUCACUGUGAACGUGUUGCCUUCGUUUAUCAAAACUCCCCAUGACAUCACGAGCCGCACAGGGAUGACCGCUCGGCUGGAGUGUGCGGCUGAAGGACACCCCACCCCACAAAUAGCCUGGCAGAAAGAUGGCGGCACCGACUUCCCCGCAGCCCGGGAGCGCCGCAUGCACGUCAUGCCAGAUGACGACGUCUUCUUCAUCACGGACGUGAAGAUAGAGGACAUGGGUGUCUACAGCUGCACGGCACAGAACUCGGCGGGCUCCGUGUUGGCCAACGCCACCCUGACCGUGCUGGAGACUCCAUCCUUGGUUCAUCCACUGGAAGACCAUGUUGCAUCUGUGGGUGAAACUGUGGCCCUCCAGUGCAAAGCCACGGGCAGCCCGCCUCCACGCAUUACCUGGCUGAAGGGUGACCAGCCUCUGGUAGUGACAGAAAGGCAUCACUUCACCCCUGGCAACCAGCUCUUGAUUGUUCGCAAUGUCAUCCUGGAGGAUGCUGGGAAAUACACCUGUGAAAUGUCCAACACCCUGGGGACCGAACGGGCUCACAGCCACGUGAGCAUCUUGCAGUCUCUUGGCUGCAGGAAGGACAGGACCACGGUGGGCAUCAUCACCAUUGCCGUGGUAUGCAGCAUCGUGCUGACCUCUUUGGUCUGGGUGUGCAUCAUUUACCAAACGAGGAAGAAGAGCGAAGAAUACAGUGUCACCAACACAGAUGAGACUAUUGUGCCACCAGACGUGCCAAGCUACCUGUCUUCCCAAGGGACACUCUCAGACAGACAAGAAGUGGUUGUUCGAGUGGAUAACAGCCAACAGCCUAACGGGCACAUAGAGAGCAACGGCAUGUGUCAGACUGAUGCUGGAAGGUGUCCAGAUGUUGAAGCUCCCACUGUCGGGUGUAGACAGCCAAAGCUAUGUAUAGGCUACAAUAAAGAUACUUGGAAGCCUGAAGACACGGCUGAGGGAACGCCGGUUCCAGAUAAGACAGGGUACGGUCUGCCGGUUGUCUGCACUGACUGCAGCGGGAGCACGGAUAGCAUGAACGUCAGCAUUUACCCCAGGGACCCAGAGCGCUAUUCUCAGACCCUUCAGACUGCAAACAGCACCUAUCCAAACGCCUUGAGCAGCAAGGAGCCAAGCAGGAGCCAAGGCCUCCUCCAUCCUCCGCAGUGUAAUGGGAUUGCCAGCAGUAAGAGGACAGACACAGACAAUUCCCGCUACCCCAGCAACCAUGACAGGAUGCCAUCCUCCUGCCCAAGUAAAGAGCCGCCCACAGACAGACAAGGCUCCUCACUAGCUUCCGCGAAGCCUUCAGAGCUCCAGAGCCUGCACUCGAGCAGAGCUGUGCCUGCAGGCAGCUCCGCCAAGCAGUUCAACGGGAAUCCCGAAAUUUCGCCGACGAUACUGGACUUGCCGAGCGAAGCCCAAGCUAAGCAAGCCCUUCUUUCCAAUGGAUACGGACCCAAAUCGCGCGACUCCAUUCAUGACUUUAAGCCAUCAAAAAGAUCAACGGACUAAGCUACCAAGUGCAACCAAACAAACACGCUAUUAAUAUAUUUUUUUUUGCACAGAGUAUAUAGGUUACUUACAUCUACCUCAACAUUUGAACUGACAACCUCUCGGAGACAAAGGAAGACAAAAUGAGGUAUGAGAGAUGAGCUUGCGUGGGGAACAAACUCCUAUUCGAGCGGCGCCUGUGUGUACAUAGCUUACAACUUCCGUGAGAAGUACUGAAUCAUUCAAAAGAUUCCUUGCAUGUGAAGCACAUAAAUGCAAGAGAUUAUUGUGUAAAGAGAAAAGAAGUAUUUGAUACAAAUGUACAUAAGAGUUUUCAUAUAUAUAUAUUAUAAAAAAAAAAAAAAUAUAUAUAUAUAUAUAUAUCAAAGUAUAUAUAUAUCUUUUACAGAGGCUAUUUUAAUCUUUAGUGCAUGGGUAACUGAGUGAAAUCUUACCAUUUUUGGCAAUAUUGUUUUCAGUAUCAGGUUGCUGUUAAAUUUUUGUUCAGAGAAAAUAAUCCUGGGUGCCUUAAUGCAUAACCGCUGCCCCUCUUUUCAGUGGCAAUUCCUGUAAAUCAACUUACAGGAAACGAGCACAAAGUCCGUCGCCCUCUGGAAAUCUUUUGCACUUAAAGAGGUUUAAAUGGAGUUCUUCUGUUAUUUCGAGGAAAUGCUAAAUAAGAGAAUUAAUAGCAAAAGCCAAAUGAUACAUACACGUGCAUCUACUGCAACCUGAUUUUUCUCUUUUCUUUAUGGGAGAACUUAAAAAAAAAAAAAAAUGUAUUCCAUUCAGCAUUGCAUUGACGAGCUAAAGGUUAAAUAGUCUGUGAUAGUGCAUUAAAACAGAACAACGCACAGGCAUACAAUACAAUCCAGCUACAGCGUGCACUUCCUGCGCGCCGCCCCGCCACACACAAAAAAACCACAGAUUAUUAGUAGCCACAAAAGAUAUGCAGUAAAACUGGGGGCAGAGACAGGAGCAAACCUCAGAGCAAAGUCUUGCCUAUACACACAGAAGUUGUCUUGCUUUAAGUCCUUUGGUGCAGGUGAAGUGCUCCAACUCUCGGUUGUUGCAGUGACAAACAGGUGCUCAUGCUGGUACAGCUUCUCCCUGGUUAGGAAAGGGAGUAGGUUGUACCAGACUUUAGUCCCCCGUCCACCUGCAUCUCAUCUCGGGUGGUAGAGGUGUGACUGUUUGGCUCGAAAAUAAUCCCAGCCCCCCGCAGUGAGCCAGGCAUUAAAUACCGCAGUCUGGCAGUUCACAAACUAAAGCUUGCGUGACCCCAGGUAUCAAAGAAAGGGGCUCGUGGGUCUGAGAGGUGCCGUCUUAACAUGGGGUUACAGGGAGUAGGACUAAGAGACCCCAGUCACCGAAACUGCAGCUACUCACACGGCCCGACAUCGCCGAUACCCCUUUGCAUGUGAGCAUCUGCUUCGGGACAAAGAUUUCUGUGCAGCAACCCCGAAAUAGGCUGAUUUAGAAGCAAGACUCUUAAGUUGAUACUGGCUUAAAGGAACAACUUCCGAACGUCGCUAUAUGGUUUGGAUGUUCGUUCGUGAAUGGAAACCCCCCAACCCUGUGUCAUUUAUAUCUUCAAUUUGAAGCUUUUUAUUUAUAGAAAGGCUGCUUCUGUUGGUGUCGGUACCUGUGGAGGAACAACUUUUUUUUUUCCAGUUACUUGUAAUGGAGUUCUGCUCAUACAAGACUGCUACGUUUUGGUGAUGACUACUCUUGGGAGAGCUUGUUUGGGGGGGUCGUUUUUACUUUCUUUUUUUUUUGUUUUCUUAGAAGCAACUCAAUGGCCGUUUCGUUGGAACAAGAUCCAACGAGCGUGCCACUUAUGCCAGCUUAGUAGGUCACAGAAGGCAUCGAUAGCAGUCAGAGCAGGGAGAUCACUUCAGUCUGCAUUCAGGAAAGGCUUAUAGCCUGUGCCAAAGACCUGUUAAAUCAAUGGGACUUCAGCACAUGCGUUAGAGCCCGGGCCCAAGACGUCUGUCCAUGCUGUCCCAAGUGACGACCAAACUAUUCUGCCUUCCUUAGAUGCCGACCUCCUCCCCAAACAGAUCUGUGUCUGGAGUGACGGCAAAGAUAAGUUUCACUGUAAAUGACUUGACUGGCCUUUAUGAAGCAAGGCAUAAUUAAGCCAGCUGCCUGUCUGUAUCAGUUCCUAACUGUAGACCCAUAUGCACUUUGGGGCAGGUAGCUAAUUAUGUUGAGUGCCAACUUCUCGUUAUUCAUUGUCUCAGAGAUGGAUAAUA